UUUGAGAAUCCAUGCACAUUGCGCAUUAUUAAGUAGAUCAGAUAUCAGUAUAUAAAAAAUCAGUUGAAAAAAUUGAAUCCAAACUAUAUAAAUCUCAUCAAGAUAAGCUACACAACGCCGACGACAUUCUCACUCAUCCAACAAAACGAUUAUCACGUACAAAUAUUGAUUAUCCUUGACUGAUUGUAUCAAUUUGGCAUUAUCCACUUUGACGGGUCAUUUAUUCGGUAGUGAAUAAGUUGUCAAAUAGAAAAAGCUUGACAUUCCUCAACAUCAUCGUCUCUUCGUUAGUGAUUUUUGGCAUUCGCUAUACACACAAUUAGCAAAAAAAAUCAAGUAUCACCAGGAUCCAAAUUUGUCUCAUCCAGUAGGAUCUCAAAGAAGUUGAAAGAAGAAACUAUACAGAAUUCUGAAUUCCAAGUCAAAAUUCGGCGUCUCUUUUGGAAAAUCCUACAAAUAUAAAAAUGCCCAUAAAAGCGAAACAGAUUGGAAUAUCAAUUGUAGCUGCUGCUGCCGUUGUCACUGUAAUUGUCACAGUUGCCGUUGUGACUACAAGAAAUUUACAGGAUGAGCCUCAAAGUGCAGCUCAAAAAGCGUCUCGGAUCUUGGAAAGGAUGCCUGUUAUUGACGGGCAUAAUGACUUUCCGUGGAACGUCCGGAAGCUAGUUCAUAAUGACUUGAGCAAGGUCAAUUUCAAUAGUGAUUUGACCCAAGAUCCGGUGUGGGCAAAUCAUCCAGAGUCUUAUACCGAUAUUCCACGUUUGCGGAAAGGGAUGGUUGGUGGUCAGUUCUGGGUGGCGUACACAUCUUGCACGAGUAACUACAAGGAUUCUGUCGCCCAGACACUGGAACAAAUUGAUGUAAUUCGACGCUUGGUUUCUGCUUAUCCUAACGAUCUUUACCUAGCCAAAAGCCCUGCUGACAUUGAAACGGCAAUUCAAAAUGGAAAAAUUGCAAGCCUGAUAGCAAUUGAAGGAGGUCACAGCAUUCAGUCCAGUUUUAGCAUUUUGAGAUUGAUGUACGACAUGGGAGCUAGAUAUAUGACCCUAACUCAUAGCUGCAACUUGCCAUGGGCGGACGCUUCCCCAGUAGACGGAGGAACUAUUCCCCCAGCUAAUGACGGUUUAUCCGGGUUUGGACUGAAAAUUAUUGACGAGAUGAAUCGACUGGGAAUGAUGGUAGAUUUAUCACACGUGUCCGUUGCGACAAUGAAGGCUGCAUUAACCCGUUCAAAAGCUCCUGUUAUAUUUUCUCAUUCUUCUGCAAAGGCGAUAUGUGACCAUCAUCGCAAUGUGCCUGACGACGUACUUCGAAUGGUGAAAGAACAUAACGGAAUUGUAAUGGUAAACUUUUACAAGUCAUUUGUUCGGUGUGAUGGUCAGAACGCGACAAUACAGGACGUAAUCGAACAUAUUGAGCACAUCAGAGAUGUGUCUGGAGUUGAUCACAUCGGUAUCGGAGCAGAUUAUGAUGGCGUUGAUCGCGUCCCAAUCGACCUUCCAGAUGUCUCAUCUUAUCCAGCGCUUUUCGAAGCACUUGUGGCAAGAGGAUGGGGGGACGAGGACCUUGAGAAACUCGCUGGCAGAAAUCUGCUUCGUGUUUUCAGAGAUGUUGAAAGUGUCCGUGAUGCCCUGGUCAACCAGCCCAUGAAUCAAGAUGUCAUCAAAAGAGCAGAUGUUGAGCGUGCCAAUAUUAACACAAGCUGCAUUACUGCUUCAUUUAUUGACGAUGUCAAUGUCAAUGAGGUGGAGAACAAUAGUACAUCAAUAGAAACUGAAGUUGUACUAGACGGCAACGAUGUGGCCAACAGAACCAGACGCCAUAUUAUGAACUAUGAGGAAAGUGAGUUAUGAGGGACUUUGAGCAUCAAAUACUCAUUUAUGUAAAUGUCUAUAACUAUUAACUAUUGACCUUCAUAUAAUAUUCAGCGACAAUGCCUUGUAAGAAUAAAUCACCUUUUGAAUUUCAUAAGUUAUGGAUGUAUCAAUUACUUAUAUGCUACUGACAUAUGCAUAGAAUUUAGUUUGAUAUAUUUUUCAAUUUAUUCCCGAAGGUUUAAUAAUACCGAUCCUAUCCAAACAUUAAUAAAUUAUUAUUACAUCCA